AUGAGUCACCCCAGUCCAUCUCCAGCUUUCGAGCAGGACACAAUGAGUGUUUCUUCAGAGCUAAGACCUGAGCUCACUUCCCUUAAAGAAGAGGCUCCAGAAGAGGAACUCAAUAGCUUGAGCAGCCUUAAGGAAGAAGCAAUCAGUUUUCUAAUACCAACUGAUAGUAGUAACAGUGACCAUAAUGGCCAGGAAUGCCCCACCAAUUGUCCGUGUGUUUGCCACCUCGCAUCUCCACUUCCUGCUUUAAAUGAGUAUCGGCCUUCUGUGAUCAUGGUUCCAGUGGCCAGAGAGCACGGAGAACCAUCUGUGACACAUUUCCCGAUUGCCAUGCAGGUAACCAAUUAAAAAUGAAUUAGGGUCGUAUUACAACAUGGCCCGAAGUAAGGGAAUCCGGAUUCUCGAAUCCGGGAAAUUUUUGCUGGUGGAAUUCGGAACCCUGGAAAUUUUUGCUGGUGAAAUCCGGAAUCCUAGUCCCUCUGAUAAAGAAUCCGGAAUCCACGGUGUGGAAUCCAGAAUCCAAUACUGUCUUGGACCCCUUAUAUAAGGCGAACAACUUCUCAAUACGAUCAUAAUUUUUGCCACCCCAGUGCAAUACCGUUUGGGUAUUCAUGUAGCCUUAGCCGUAAAGAUUUGGCUGUAGUAAAAUCUGUACGUCUUUUCCUCUUCUUCUAGAGUGAAGGAAAUCUUGAGGAGCCCGCCAAAAAGACUCCUCGUCGGAAACCUGUAAACAAAGUGGUAAGCAAAAAAGAGACUACUUGUUUUUCAGUUUUAAUCAGAAAUGAGAGGCAACUGUGAUAAUGGUAUUAUUGGGCAGAGUCCUGAGGGUACGUGAAGAAAACGAGAAAGACAGUAAGCAUUUGGUUCUCGUUUUUUAGGGGGAGUCCCUGAGGGUACGUGAAAAUGAGAAAGGCAAGAAGCAUUAGGUUCAUGUAAAUUGCUUGACGAAGCCCAGUUCGCUCAGUUCAAAAAAGCACCCCUCUGCUGAGUGGGAGGCCCAAGUUCAAACCUUGGCGAGAUUCUGGUAAUAUCAUGCUGGCUGUGUUUAAGGCCCCGUUUAACUUUUCUUACAUUUCUUUACAAAAAGUGGCAAAAUGUUCACACGAGAAACAAAACGUUGGCUCCGAUAGAUAGGUGACCCGCCUGACUGGGUCACCCUUUCUCGAUGUUGGGUCACCGUCUUAGCCAGGCCAACGUCUCUGCGGCACAUAAACAUUUAAUCUGGCUCGCCCACCCGGGAAAAUUGGGUCAACGCCAGAAAAUUAAAGCAUGCGCGAAUGCUCUUCUCAAGUCUUGGCUAAGGCUAAUGGGCCAAUUUUUUCUCAUAACAGUGCUUGCUACGGUUGACGCGGCUGAGAGGGUGCCCCUCUUUCCCGGGACUACUUUUCUCUAUAUAAACGGUGCUUGGGAUCUUGUCUCAGUUCAGGAGCUAAGUUCGCGUCAUAGGGUUGAUAAAAGCAACGACGACGGUGACGGCAACGAGGACGGCAAAAAAGCAAUAGGAGUAGAUGAGCAAAAUAAUAACUCCGCACGCACUUGCAUCACACUUUUUUUGUACAUUUUUUUGGCGUCACUCCACGACUACGACGUGAUACUUCUUAAUUUCAUGUAUUGUGGGGCAGGGACCGCGGAGCAAGGUGAAAAGUGGGAGGGCUGACAAUUGAAAAUAAUUUUUUCAUAUUGAAAAUCGAAAAAACGAAUAAAAUCCUAGUAUCUGAUUUGUUUCUGUCGCGUGACUUUGCAUACUUUUCUGCAGAGCUUACAGACUUUGACGAAGUCCCAGAUAACUCUAAUAAACGACCAACAUCCACGGUCAGUUCAGAUUCAAUGCGAGAAAAGACGCGAUUACAAUUUUAGUAUACAAAUACUGCACUGAAGUGAUCUGAAAAAUUUCUAACUAUGGCCGUUCGCUGUUCAAGUAAUGUAAUUCUUCUUGCAAUCGAAUAUUUCAGAAAGACAAAAUAUAAAACUUUUUUCAACUCAAAACACCUACUCACCUUCGUUUGGCUUGAAAAAGCUAGUAAUUUUCUUCAUUUCGUCUUGAUAAAACUGAUAAAAAAAACUCUGCCGGAGCUGGAAGUACAAAACACGCUGCCGAACGAAGCGAAGGGGUGGCCAAGGCAUGGCGUUUGAUCAAGGGGUAAGUCGGCCCCAGGGCACAAUUACCGCGAAAAGCACAGGAGCCCCACAAAAUGCCUGGCGUUUGAUAUUAAAGAAAAUACAGAGAAUAUAGCGGAAUAUAGACGGAAAAAAACUUGUUUCAAGUCUUUUUUUUAUUUUAAUUAUUUUUCUUUUUAGCGCAAAAAGUGGGGGAGCGGGCGCAAAAAAGUGGUGGGGCCGCGGCCCUACCAGCCCCUCCCCCUCCGCGGUCCCUGUGGGGGACGUGAACACAAAACGACUUCCUUGUUCCUUUCCUGAAACUCGAUAAAGUCUUUUAGAAUUUAACUGUAAAAAAAAAUGCCAACAUUUGACGAACUGAACCAGAUGGAAUAAGCGCGAUAGCGUUUCAGGCAGCGCGGAUUCACUUUUUGGUUUUUGUAGCCGUCACCGUCGUUGCUUAAGCUCCCUAAUGUUAAGCCGUUGGCUUUGUCUUCUUCAUCCUUCCUUCAUCAGUUAACGCAAAGGGACGUAAAAAACCCCACACUAGUUUUCGGAGAGAGAAGAGGAAAUCUUACCAGUGCUGCUGUCUACCUCUUCCUCUGCUGCCUCUUAACAUUUCCCACAAAUGUCAUACAUCACCGUACUUAUUCGGUUUAGCAUUUUUUAAUCAGCGUUUAUUUAUGAAUCGUUUUUCUUAUGUCACUGACGGCAAUUAAGAUAAAUCAUUUGUAAAUAUUGUGUAAAAUAUAAAGAUGUUUAAGGUCUCGCUUCUUUUGCUUAGGUAAGACCGUUAUUGUCUGGAUUGAGUAGAUUUCCAAGCUGUACUUUUUUCUUUUUCUCUUUUUAUUCUAGUGCAGUGUUUGCCCAAUGGUUCAUUUGGUCAUACGAAACUCACUGCAAUGAUUUGCUUGAGUGACCACCAAACAUUUCACCAUUUUCACGUAGGCCCUAAUGCACCUUGUUUACCCCCCAAAAUUUUGCAUAGCUAUUGUUUUCGAUUUCUCUUGGGACGAAUGUAAUAGCGAAGCUUCCGCGCGCGUGAAGCACGCGCGGCUGAGCCCCUUUUCUAAGACAACUAGACCUUUUUACCGAUACGGCGGCCAUAUUAAAUUAAUUCGAUUUAAGGAGUAUUGUGGGAUGCCCAGGGGGACAGAAGUAAGAUCCGUCGUACUCGCUUAGUAUUAGAUAUUAAAAAAUUAUGCAAUGUGCUCAUGCCCCCUGGGCAUCCCAUAAUACUCCUUAAAUAUAACUCAUUCAAUAUGGCCCCGUAUCGGUAAAAAGGCCUAAGGUCUACUGGAAACCUAUGGAUGCAAGAAAAUUUGGUCAUGACGCAGCAGCGUAGGCUCAGGUACACGAUCUGGCAUUUCGUCACUACAAGCCGGACUGAAAUCUCUCUCUCAUACUCGCAGUCGACAGUCCCUUUAUUCGACUAUUUGACAUUCUAGAAAAGGUCAAUUGACAGCUAACAAACUUGAGCAUCCGCUGGCCGUCAUCAUCUGACUGUAUCACGGGCUCAUUUUUCUACCCAUUGACGUCACGUAUUUUUUUUAAGUUUUCCGCUGAUAUUUUAUUUGAUCACGGGAUCAAUUCUGUAUUUUUGGUGGAGCCUCAUAGCUUAGAAAAUCUAUCCAUGCUAGAAAAUUUGGCAUUCACGUGACCGUACACCGACCGCCUGACCUUCCGCACCACAGGUAUACCAAUGUUUAAUCUCACACUUUCUAGCUAGUUUGGGAGCCUGCAGCCUGAUAUUGCACAUUCAUGUGGCAAUCCAUGUUGUGAUCAACUGACAACUGUCAAAACAGUGUAUCCCCUGACCAGUAUCGCCUGACCGUACCACGGGCUUAGGUAUCGACCCAAUGAGCACAUGAUCGCAGGCUCAAGUUCAAUUUUUUUGGAAAUGCAUAUGAAAUAAGUUGUGUUCAUGAGCCGCACUAUUAAAAUUUUGAUUUCAAACUGACCUCGGACGCGAAAAUUCAGCCAUUUAUUGCAGGCAGGGAAGACAGGUGCUUUUGAUUUUUCUCACGCUGGUCGCGCUCUAGUCAUGCUCCUCGUCCAACUUUUACGCUCUGAUUGGUCAAAAUUUGACAGGUGAGUUCAUGUGGAAACUUAUUUUCUGAUAGCUGAAGCUGACAGAGUUUUUUGUCGCUAUCUUUUCAUGUUUUUAACUGUCCGUUUCCACUAGAUGUACAAAAUGAAAUAAAGCUGACAGCUGCUAUCAAGAUUCUUCUGUAAUUCAUGGCUGGUUUGUUUAUUGGGUUUAUGGUUGAGAAAUGCGCCGCCUCGGAAAUCCAAUUUCGGAUCGCAACGUUUUCGUUUUUCACGUUGCUUGAUGCGUAAGAGGGUUUUGAAGGCUCAAGCGAUUCUGGCCUUACUUGAUGGCCUUCAGGAACUGCAUCUCGACCGGUAAGCUUGAGAAGUUAUUGUAUUUGAUGUUUCCUUUUUUCAGGUUUCCUAAAGUCGAGUGUAGUUUAUAUGCCGCCAGCUAGUUUAUGCACGAGACCAUGAUCUGACCUACAAUGAUAUCACGUUUGAUAUAAGCUUACAGGACUUUAAAAGGCCUUUAGACAUUUUUCUGACCGCAAAUGGAAAGAAAACGUUCCGUAGAAUAUUUAGUUAUGAUGUUGGCUGUUUUCUUGCCUCGAGUUCAUCUUGAAAAAUAGCAAACGCCGGGAAGCCUGCUUAAAACAUAAAUCUGCAAGGUUUAAGUUUAUAAGCUUAUGCUUACCUGACUCAUGAUUUUCAGAGACACUUUACUCUAAUUACGUAUACUUGUUGCCUUUGUACAUGUCUCAUUUAAUUAUGUAUAUUUUAUUGAUUGUUAGUAGUCUCUCUUGCAAUUUUGAUCGCUGCGCCGCUUGUUUUCAGUCGUACAUAAACAUGGCGUGCAGGAGUACUCCCUGAGUACUCAAAAUGCCGCGCGUAAAUAUCAAACGCUUUUAGAGAUUACACAAAACAAAGCCAUAAAUAAAGAGAAAUAAAACCUAAAAAUAAUAAAUUCUCUAUCAUGUUGAAACGUUACUCUAUUAGUAUUCAUUCAAACGCUAACAGCCGGCACUGGAAGUUUGGUGCUUGUAAAAGUGAGAACACGUCCGGCUGGCCGUAUAUAGGUGAUGUUGGGAAUUUUUUGGAUCGUUUUCACUAAAAGCUCAUACAUGUUCUUAUUACCAUGCAUAUCACAUAGGAGCAGAUUUUCCUGACUGAACAGUCCCUGCAUUAUGGAAUUCUCUUCAUGAAAACUUUUUAUAAUGUGGUCAAUUCUAGACCGUAAUUUGUUGUGCAAAGGAAGCGCGUGCUUCGAUCGUCCUUGACUGAUUGAAUGAGUGCAAUUUGUCUUGCAAAAUUGUGAAAAACUGGAGAAUUAUAGGUUUAAAUAGGGAAAAAACGAAAUUCUGUCCUAGGUCUGUAUGAUAAAGAAAUCAGCGCCCCCUAGAACUUUUUACCUCAAACGUGAUGUAUAAAAGGUUUGUUUAAAAGGCUGUUUUACACGCCACCAGAUUUGUCGCCAAUAUUUACUUGUAAAGUAAACUUGUCGAACGCAAAAUAUCCUGCCGGAUUUCUUAUCUUGGCCUCUCUUUUACACAGAGGAAUGCAACGUGUAAAUUUCUUGGCUGCUACCGAGGACCAACCUGUGUUGCAUAAAAUUAUAUUUCGGGGCUGUCCAAUCAUCCAUAGUCUCUCCAACGGAGUGAAUGGAGGGACUAUGAAUUAACCUUAUAAAAUAACGGUGAUGUAGGUGGGCGACUGGGUUAUUUUGUUUGGGAAGAAUUUGUUUUCCAGGCCUUAUCUACCGAGAUCGAAGAUGAUUGCUAUUAUUGGGUGUAAAUAUAAGACUAUUAACUCGAUGAAAAACUGAAUAGGUUUGUUUGACUCCUGGACUGUCAAAUUAUUUUCUCUAAAAUCACUAAACCUUUCCCACAGAAGUCACACGAAUGUGCCCUAUAGUUAACUGAUUUGUGGAUAACAAGUUUAUUGUUUGAUUUAAAUUAUAAAUUUAUCAACGGGAGCUUCGCUUUUAGCCCUGGCUAAAUCUAUAUAUUACCCAAGAGAAAUUGGAAACAAUAGUUAUGCAAAAUUUUGGGGGGUAAACAAGCUACAACCAGUUGCAAAAAUGUUGAGACACUCCCACGAAAAAACGACCUUUCUUGCUUCAAAUCGCCCCUGGUCACAGGUCUGUGAGAUAUAAUACUGACCUCCCUCCUCCCCCCAUUCAAAGUGGGGCCCACGGGUUUUGAGUAUGGUCUUGUAUUGCUGGCAACUUUGAUAAGGGGUGGAGGGGGGAACACAAGCACAAGAUCAUGGACAGGCCAUUUAUGCCAAAAUACGGUACAGUGUCUCAAAUACUUUUGCAACUGGUUCUAGCACUGCGGUCCAUCUGAAAAUGGAGAAUGGCUUCCUAGUGCGCAAUUCCCAAUCCCCAAAGCACCCUUCAUUGAAUCAGUUGACGUAUACAUGUAAAAUGUAAAGGAGAUACGCUCUGUUGCUUUCUCAUCUGCGACCUUGCCUUACAUUACAUUAUAAGCAUAGAACCGUUUCUUUGAUUUUUUCGAAAGUCUGCUGAAAAACGGAAGAGGACUCCAGGUACCGCCAAGUCUAAUGCACUUCAGGAUUUGUACGCAAAAAUGUGUGCGAUAAUAUGUUUAAACUAUAUUAAUGACGACAUCCAGAUCUUGCUGCUCUUGCUCAAUGCUUCCUAUCUCGUUAUAAAUCUCUCACUAUUCAAUAAAAGUCGAAGGAUAGUUGUUUACUAUUAUUGGUGCACUCACAUGAAAACUGUUUAAAACCGUUUUUUAUUAGGGAUAGGAAAAACAACCCAUAAAAAAUAUCAGAUAAAAACUUAGAAAGUCGGGCCGUCGUAGUCUUGGAAAAAAGAAUCGUUGUUACAAUCAAGAUUUGCUGUCAUAUUGGAGAAUGAAACUUUAUCUUCGAACUUCUUUCAUGUUGUGCUCUCAAUUCUAUUCGAAAUUCGAAUUUAGGCUGCAAUACGGGCGUACUUUUUGGGCGGAUGAAAGCUGCUUGUUUAAUUUCCUUAAAACAGUAUUACAGAUUUUCUUUUACCAGUUUCGAUAUGAGUGUUUGAGCCGUAGAAAUUAUCAAUUACAUAUUUGCUGUUACCUUUGACACAAUAUAAAAGUGUGGUACAGCCACCACACCUUUGAGUUUAUUUUUGACGCGCGUCAAAGGUGAAGUCAAAGUUGUUACGUAUUUCACUUCGCAUUUACCAAGGUCAAAGGAGUAAGCAAAUAAGUUAAAUUUGGCUGCACCUUUGACGCGCGUCAAAGAUGAAGUCAUAGCCGAUACCAAACUUUUAAAUCCAAUUUUUCGUCUGGUUGCUGGUCUCGCACUCGCCGCCAUCUUUGAUUUUUGGAAAUUGGGAAGAGCAGAAAUAACAAGGCGGUUUACUCCAACUAGACACAAUUGGGAACACAAAGAAGAAUUCUAGUGACACCGAACCAUGUAUUAAUUACGAACGCCAAUCACUAAAACACAGCAAUUACUAUUGUCGUGUCUUUUCCCGCCGUUUAAAAUAUAAAACAUUUUCGUUGUCUCGGUUGCACGUGACUUCAGAUUGUAUGGUUCGGUUGGUCAUAAAAGUUUGAGAUUCGCGUAGAAGUUUUUUCGCGUAUAUUGUUUCCUAGUUUGUUAGUUGUUGUUCCUAGUUCUUAGUAUCUUCGAUGUAUUUGCUUGUAAGAGAGUGGAAAAAGGAGCGAAAUAAUUAAAUGACGGAAAGAACUGGAAAUUUGUACUCAGCGAUAAUCUCAUGUGUAGCUUCCCGCUUCUCAUCGAUGUGCAUCACGUAUUUCUUCAAAAUUUUGUGAGAAAACGUUGUUCAAUCAAGUGUUACUUGCAGAGAUAUAUGCUGUUUGGAGGUUCAUUUGCAUUUAUAUCAUUUGUAUACUUGUUGUUUUAAAAACCAGAGAUGGUAGAAAGCUAGCGAGCAAAGCGUGGCACUAACAUUGUUGAAAGCAGAAGGGAGUUAAAUACAGUUGCUGAUAAUUCGGUUGUCUUGUAAAGAAGUGCUGCAUUAAACAAAUCAAAAACUGGUCAUCUUGGCGUAUUAACAAAGAUGAUGAGUAUCUGACAGAUUACAAAUUCUCCAUAAGUUGGCGAAGACUCGCCCCGCUUGGAUAAUCAGUGGAAACGAUAUUUGCGUGUCUACUAUGAUUUGAUCCAGUCAUUGCACGUGAGUGCUGAAGGAACAAAUGAGGAGCAUCGGUAUGCUGAAUCCAACAGAAACUACAACUUAUAUCUUAACUUAAUAAACCAAUACAUACCUUCUGAAGAAGGGAUUUUAGAUGUUUCCAAGGCAGAACAUAAUAUGGUGGAUGAUGACAUAACGCAACAUACCAUUAUCUGAGCGCGAGGAUGAUGUUCGAAGUAUUUGUUUUGUCCGUUCAAAAGUGUCUAGUGUCCAGGUCAGUUGCAGCUGCUCAUAAAAAUUCAAGAUUACAGGAAUUUUUGUUUCUGAGAAAAAGAUGGAACAAUUGAAAAGGGCUAAAACAAGGAGAUAAAAGAAAGAAAAUUAAAAAUAGAAAACCAAAUCGCAGAAGCUGAGGAUGCUUUAGAAUUGACUAAAACCAAAGUUUAGUUUUACGAGGAGCUGGAAGAUUUCCUUGUGGGUUCUAUUAGCAGAGCAAAUAGUGUGCAAGACCUAAACUGUGUGGAGCAAUUUAAAGAAAUUAAACCCAAACCCACACUUAAGGAUUCAAUGGAAGCAUACAGAAAGCUGGAGAAUGCGGAACAUAAACCCAAGAAAAAGGAUGGGGAGACAGAAUUGCAGGCACCACUAUCCGAGAAAACAGAUCCGCAUAGGUUUCAUUCUUUAGCUCAACCCCAGGUGGAGCAGCCAUGUCCGAGCCCAAUGUUAAAGAGCAUAGUCUGAAUCCGGUAGCAAUCCCCUUUAUAAAUAAAGCUUUACCGCCCAAUCAAGUUUUUUUUCAUUCUGGUAGUGUAUCGUUUCUGACCCCUUCCACUAGGACUAUGAUGACAAAGCUUACAACCAGUACAAACUCAACAAUAACGAAAAAUAGUUUCCUUUCUUUGGAUGUAGUCAAGGUCUCUGGUAAUUCUUGUGAAUACUCCAGAUUUAAAUCAAGUUUUGAUGAAAUUGUUGAUACCCAGAACAUUUCAGAAGCCCAGAAAAUGACGCGUUUGUUACAAUUUCUUGAUAGCCGAGCUAGAGGUGCUGUUGUGGGUUUUGAAGAAGUGCCUGGGCAAGGCCCAAAAAAUGUUGUAGCAACGUUUUGGACAAGCGAAUAUUGUGGCAUAGGCACGUGUUGAUGCUUUAUUUGAUGGGCCAAACAUAUCAUAAAACGAUGGACAAGAGCUGCAGAAAUUUGGUGACCGCUCAAGGACAUUUUAUGGGACUUUAAAGUCACUGAACUCUCUUUCGGAAAUGAACAUGUCAAAUUUGGCGAAAACGUGGGUGAAGCUACCUGUAGUGCUACAGAUUAAGUGGAACGACGAAGCUCUGAGAAUUAGGGAAAGAAAAGUUUUCCCAACUCUUGAGGAUCUAGUGGAGUUUUUUGAAAGGAGAGCUGAAGCAGCUAAUGAUCCAGUCUUUGGAAGGGUUGGAGAGACGAAGCAAUUAUUUCCAAGAAGGAACCCAAAAGCCAGUUGACAUCCAUUACCUCCGAGUCUUAAUGCGGUGGCUGGGACCAAGAAAAUGACAACGGCAGGGCAAGUUGGACGUAGUGACUCACCGAAAUCAGAUAAGGAUCCGAAUUCUAGCAUGCAGAAAGUAAUGUUAUGGCAUUAAGUCUACACACAAGGUAGAGCAUAUAAACAAAUCUGUACGGCAGAGAAUAGUCUUCCUGAGGUACAAGGGACUGUGUUGAAACUGGGUACGCAAGGGACACUUUGUUAAUAAGUGCCAAUCAACUUUUAAAUGUAAACAUUGUCAACAACCACACCAUUCCUUACUGCGCAAAACAACAGAGGAUAAAGAGGGAACACUGGCGAAUCCAAAGGGAAGCUCAGGACCGAGAGAGCAAGCUAGUGUGAAUGCUGUAACAGCAUCAUCUGUUAAAACUCCAGGUCCCACGUAUUCCUCGACCUCAAGGACUAAGGUUUCAUUACAAGUUUUUCCAGUUAAGAUAAUGAGCGAAGAGGGACACUGUUAUGUUACAGCGUAAGCACUACUUGACACUGGGAGUGAAGAGACAUUUCUGUAAAGGCUAUUUUUAAUAACUUGGUUUUCAAGUUAGCAACUGUGACACUUUGGCAGAAUACACAUUGUCGGGCGAUUCCUCAAUUAAGGUUGGUCAAGCCAACCGUCAAGUGAAAGCUGUUGAUAGCCGGGACAAUCGUAUCCUAGUAAUUGAAAACGUUAGCAGUUGUAGACAAACUUAACAUCACAACAACAGGAGCAAAAGACUUGUCUAAAUGGCCUCAUUUUAAGGACCUCGAAAUCGCUGACGUAGAUGAUGAACAGGUGACCAUGCUGAUUGGAGAACACGUUCCCGAAGCCCAAGUGCAUGAAAAACGCGCAGAAGAGAGGGAUCAGUAGAACCGUAUGCUGUUCGCACUUUCCUGAGUUGGUCUGUGCUUCGACCAGUUGAUGCUGCAAACAUUUUGUGCUCCCAAGCGAAGAACGUGAGUUCUGUAAAGUAUGGUGAUGGGCGGUCAGAUCAGCAGAUGAAACAAUAUUUGAGGCUUGAAGACAUUGACAUCAACGGGAGUUCCAAGAAAGGAAUGUCAAUUGAGAACAGUAAGCACUGAAAAGGGUGGAAAUCUCAGUUCGUGUAGUAGGUGGACACUAUCAAGUUGGAAUGUUAUGAAAGAGUGAUACCCCUUGGCUGCCAAACAACAAGCAGACGGCAGAAACAAGACUACAGUCUUUAAAGAGAAAACGCAAGCGUGAUAAGAACUUUCACAGUAGUGUAGAGAGUUUAUGGAGAACCUCAUUCAGAAAGGAUAUACCAGAAAGCUGACUGAAGAAGAGGUGGUACGCCGAAGCCAAAAGAAAACAUGGUAUUUUCCACAUCAUGGUAUGUUUGACCUCCAAAAGCAAGACAAAAUUCGUGUAGUAUUUGAUGCCGCUUCUUUGCACGAUGGAUUUUCUCCUAACAACCAGUUGCUCCAGGGUCCUGACUUACCUAACAGUUUGCUUGGUAUUUUGCUGCGGUUCAGACAAUAUCCAGUAGCACUAGUAGCUGACAUAGAGGGAAUGUUCAAUCAAGUCAAAGUACCCCCAGAAAACUCUGAUGCUUUGAGACUCCAUUGGUGGAAGGACCGUGGCCUUGAGAGGUCAUCGAAAUUUCUGAUGACUAGUCAUAUCUUUGGUGCCACAGACUCGCCCAGUUGAGCAAACUUUUGUCUAUGCUAUGCGGAUCGCUGUAUUAUCCCAUGGGAUUUGUUUGCCAGGUUGUCCUAGAAGCUAAGAAGGUAUUGCAAAGACUGCGGAAGCUACAUAUGGAAUGGGACGAUUUGAUACCUAUAAGAAGACAUUGCAAAGGCUGCGGAACCUACGUCUGGAAUGGAACGAUCUGAUACCUGAAGAUUUACAAAGCCUGUGGAAGUGCGUGUUGACUGUCUUAUCACAAUUUCAAGUACCGCGAUACCACCUGAUCGAUAGUACAGUAGUCGACAUAUCCCUUAACCUAUCUUUUGAUGCUUCAGAAGGUGGUUACUGCAUGUGCUCUUUCUCAGAUUUGUUUAUGCCUGUGGAACUGUUAGGUGUUCUUUUCUAAUCGGAAGUUUAAGGAGUUCGCCAGUGAGACCAAUUUCGACUCCAAGGCGUGAGUUGCAAGCAGUCACAUUUUCUGUGGAGAUGUACAGAGUGCUUGUAGAUGAACUGACUUACAAGAUUAGCAAAGCUACAUUUUGGUCGGAUUCCCAGACGAGGUUGCAGUAUAUUAAUAAUGAAUCUAACCGAUUUCAAACCUACGUUGCAAACCGUGUGGCUGCAAAAAAGUGAAGCGAUAACCGUUAACACUGCGGGUGAUGUAUCACGUGGCUUAAAACCUCAGAAACUUUCUUGUCAAUAUCAACGGUGGAGAGGGCCUGACUUCCUUUGGGGCGCAGAGGGGUUGCUGGCCAGAUGUAGUAACUUGCGCAAAAGUUACAGAGAGCCACCCGAAGUUGCGGAUUUUAGCAAAUGUUCACCUGAUUAGUGUUGGAAUACAUCGUUUUGACUGUUAUCCUACGAGUGCAGUGAGAAUAACGAUGCGUCAGAAGAUAGCCAUGCAGGUUUAAGGGGGCUCACAGAGAGCUGCAGCUCAUGGCCAACCCUGCAACGCCAGGUAGCGUGGAUAGUACGAUUUUGUCAGUCGGGUUGCCCAUUCUAGCGAACUAUUGUUUUUAGAGGACCUUAAUCAGUCAACUCAAGUUAUUUUUCGCUGUGUGGAGGAAACGGAGCAGAAUAAGGAAGGCAAGAAAUCCUGCAAGCUAUCAAAUCUGAGACCAGUAUUUGUAGGUGGAGUCGUACGAGUAGGUGGACGAUAAAAGAAAACUCUGGUACUCUCACAGGAUGAGAAACACCCAAUGGUUCUACCAAAGCGCUAUCAAGUCACCCAGUUGAUUGUUCGUCACUAUCAUGAGUCUGCUGCUCAUAGUGGAAGAGGACAAACGUUGUGAUAACUGCAAGGAAUGUUCUGGAACAUUCGUAGAAGAGGUCUAGUAAAGAGGACAAUUAGAAGCUGCAUCAGGUGCCGAAGAAUAUAUGCUAAACCCUUGGAGCAGUUUAUGAGGUCGGUACCAAGAGCGAGGCAAGAAGCGUAACCCCCUCCAUUUACUUUUACUAGCUUUGACUUGUUUGGACCACUAACGGUUAAGUCGGGCCGCAGAACCGCGAAAAGAUGGGGAUGUUUGUUCACGUGUCUCACGACUCACCCUAUGUAUUUGGAAGUGACGCCUUCACUCGAAAAAAUGAUUUCAUUAUGAUUCUCCGUCAACUUAUAAGUGGAAGGGGACCGCCUAAAGAGAUGUGGUCUGACAGGGGCACUAAUUCUGUAGGAGCCAACAGAGAGUUGAAAGCGUCUAUUACGCGUUGGAACGUAGAAAAGGUCGAGAUUCAGUUGCAGAGGGGUAUCAAGGGUAUUUCCGGAGUUUUGGAACGUCUUAUACAGAUUACGACGAGGCAUCUAAAGAGCGCAGUUACAGAUGGGCUUCUUAAUGACAUUGAACUUAGGACCCUGGUAGCUGUUAGCUGAAAUGGAGUCCAUAGUUAAUAACCGCCCCAUAACAGCUGUUUCAGAUGAUACUGAUAAUUGUUCAGCGCUGAAACCCAACUAUUUUCUUCUUCAGAGAGCCACUCAACUUCUACCUGGAGAAUUUGUAAAAGAGGAUUCGUUUUUCAGGAAGCGAUGGAGAAAGGUGCAGUUCCUUGCGGAUCACUACUACAAGAGGUGGACAUGAGAGUAUGUGCGGAUUGAGGACCUGGUACUUAUAGCAGAAGAUAACAUGUUGCGUAAUAGAUGGCCCAUGGAACGGGUGAUAGAAAUUUUUCAUGGUGAAGACGGAGAAGUACGAUCUGCCCGUGUCAAGACAGCAGGUGACGUGUUUCAACGACAAGUAACUAAGAUAUGCCUACUGGAGGAAGUUAAGAAUGAUGAGCGAUCAUUGACUGUAGAGUUGAAUAGACAUUAAAUUAAACAAACAAACUGCGUAAUUACGUAAUUACAGCCCGUGGGGCCGCUAUGUCGUGUCUUUUCCAGUCGUUUAUAAUUAUAAUACAUUUUCUUUAUCUUGGUAGCAUAUGACUUCAUAUUGCGUGGUUCGGUCGGUCACAAAUUUUGCGCUUCGCGUCGAGGUUUUUCGCGCAGAUUCUGUUUUCUAGUUUUUCUUUUGACGCGGUAGCACAAACAUUGUUGCUUCUCAAGUAUCUUCGAUGUAUUUGCUUGUAAGAGAGCGGUGAAAGGAGUGAAAAAAUUAAAUGACUGAAGAACUGGAAAUUUGUGCCGAGCGAUAAUCUCGUGUGUACCUUCCCAUCGAUGUGCAUCACAACUGUACAGGGAUGUUAUACUCCAAAGGGGAUCUGUCUUUCAGGCUGGAGGGGUGUUAAUAAGACUGUAAUAAAAAAAAGUGCCGUUUAGGUAUUUCGCAAGUGUUUUCCAACGUAUCUCGAAUACACGCAACCAAAGGCCGAUCGAUUUGAGAGUAUUUAUAUUUGAGUAUAACAAGGAGAUAAGGGUUGUAACUCGGUUUGGCGCACGCCCUAUUUUCUGAGCAGCCCCUACUCUACCCGCCAUGUACUUAGAUGGAUAUGACAGCGUUUAACUGAUACCAAUAGAUAGCUACUAGCUAUGGGCCUGAAUACUCGUACUAAACCUUUCUGCACCAGUUCAGUAAGCCGAUUGAAGCUGCAUGAAGGGCAAUGACUAGAAAAGGUACCCCAAAAUCAGGUUGAACGCAUCGUGAGUAUCACACGACGUAACAAACCUGAUAGACAACCAUUUAUUUAGAGAAUAUUUUGAGAAAAGAGAGAAAAUGUGGAUUGUAAAUGAAGCGAUGAGGGUUCAAGCCUUACGUAUUCUGUUUUCUUCCUUCGUAUAUUAACUACUUCAAGCUCUGGGACUAUUUUUAUUUAUUUGAAGGGAUGAUGACAAUCUGAUAAUUCCUUUCUGGUCACAAACCUAUGAAGCCGCGUGGUGUUGUUAAAGCGUGACUUUGCAUUACCAACCGCCGUAUGUCAUUAGCGGGAUCUCUUCCGUUCUUAUGGCUUCUCAUGUUUGACCAAGUUUCCUUUUUCCUGCUGUGAUAGGACAACGCCCGUAACGACACCGACUUAGAUGAGCGUUUCCUCCGUGUUGACAUCAAUGGUGAGAUAAAAAAAUUCAAGCUGACUAGAAAGGAUUGGGAACUCAUGGAUAUCAACGAGUUCCCAAGAGGAGGCCGUUUGUUGGGUGGUGCCUGGACCACUAUAUUUAAGCGUGGAGUAAGAAAGAGCAAUCGUUGGUGCAGUGUACGCUUCACAAACAACCACGUGCGCACAGAGAACUCCCGUAAAAUGCAUUCAGCACCAUUCUUCAGAGGAACUGGGGAAUGCAAGCGUGAAGAGUGCAACGUGAAGAUGAAAUUUGUCAUCCCUGAAGAAAGAGGAAAAUACGUCUACGUGACGUAUAUAGGAAAUGUUCAUCACAAGCUCUCUGAGUCAUCUGUGUCGGAGACAUGA